GCCAGCGCCCGGCCCGCCUGUCACCCGCCUGCCCGCCGGCCCCGCCGCGCCCGCCAGUCCCGCCGCGGAGCCCCGGGCCGGCCCCGGGCCGCCGCCACCACGCCGCGCGCCGUACUCCGCGUCAAGAAUGGGGCGGCCAAGCUGCCCAAGCCGCCCGCCGCCGCCGCCGCCGCCGCGGCCGAGGCGCCCGGCGCCGGCGCGGGCAUGGAGCGCUCGCAGAGCCGCCUCAGCCUGUCCGCCUCCUUCGAGGCGCUCGCCAUCUACUUCCCGUGCAUGAACUCCUUCGACGACGAAGACGCGGGAGACAGCCGGAGGCUGAAGGGGGCCAUCCAGCGGAGCACAGAGACAGGCCUGGCUGUGGAGAUGCCCAGCCGGACCCUGCGUCAGGCCAGCCACGAGUCUAUUGAGGACAGCAUGAACAGCUACGGCUCGGAGGGCAACCUUAACUAUGGGGGAGUUUGUCUGGCUUCGGACGCCCAGUUCAGUGACUUCCUGGGCAGCAUGGGGCCAGCGCAGUUCGUGGGCCGCCAGACUCUGGCCACCACUCCCAUGGGUGACGUGGAGAUCGGCUUACAGGAGCGGAACGGUCAGCUGGAAGUGGACAUCAUCCAGGCUCGGGGACUGACAGCCAAACCAGGCUCCAAGACACUGCCAGCGGCCUACAUCAAGGCCUACCUGCUAGAGAACGGAGUCUGCAUUGCUAAGAAGAAGACCAAAGUCGCUCGCAAGUCGCUGGACCCGCUAUACAAUCAGGUGCUGCUGUUUCCUGAGAGUCCCCAGGGCAAAGUUCUGCAGGUGAUCGUGUGGGGGAACUACGGGCGGAUGGAGCGGAAGCAGUUCAUGGGUGUGGCCCGCGUGCUGCUGGAGGAGCUGGACUUGACCACCCUGGCCGUGGGCUGGUACAAGCUCUUCCCCACCUCCUCCAUGGUGGACCCAGCCACAGGCCCUCUGCUCCGGCAGGCCUCCCAGUUGUCCCUUGAGAGCACCGUGGGGCCCUGCGGCGAGCGAUCUUAGUGCCGGGACGGGGAGGGGCUCCCCGAGAUGGCCUGGAGACCACCCAGCCCUGACCUGGGACCCCAGGCCCAGGGGCAUAUUGAACAGAGGAGGAUGGGGUUCUCCCCCACAGUGGGGAAGCUGAAUGGGGAGACCUGCCCCCCUCGGGCCCCUCCUCACCCUUUCUUUGCCUCCUUCCCCGAGACCUUCCCUCUCCCAGCGGGUUGGCUGCACUUUUGACUUGGCUGGCCUUGACCUGGUGGACGUGGCUGCAGUCGGAAGAAGACUGAGGGGGCAGAGCAAACCCCCCCACCUGCCCAAACACUGUCCCACCUCUUCCCCUUUUGCCUCCUCGGAAGCUCGCUGCCCAGAGCCAAGUCUAGAACCCAGCCGGCCAUCUCCAUGGUGCCAAUUACCAGCAAGUGUCUUUCCUGCGGCACCGGGUUCAGGCAGUUACCCCUGCCCCAGAGCCGACCGGGCAGCUUUGCAAGGAUCCGGAGCCAGCUCCUGGGGCCGAGCCCCACUUGAAGAGGAGCUCGGGCCUCCCUCUGCCUGCCCGUGGAAGGAGCUUUGCCGCAGCUGUCCGAGUCCAUCUGUCCAUCCCCUCCUGCCUGCCCCUCUUCUGGUGGCUCUAGGAUUGGAGGUCCAGAGGGACGGAAGGAGCGCUCUGUGGCACUGCCACAGGCUAGUCUGGGAACUGUUGGUGGACUGGAAGAACAUGGUCACCUGUGUUUUGGUAGAAGUGCUGUGGGACCCCGAGUUUCCAGAACCCCCUGCCCAGGGAGACCACCAUCUCAGCAUUUGGGGGAUGCUGGAUCGGAGGGGUUGGGGAAGCUGCGAUUGGGACCAGCGGUGUCAAGGCAAGGGUUUUCCAGUAGGAGACCCCUUCUGGUUAGAUGGAUUGAAGGUCAUCUUAUUUGCCCCUCUGCCUCCAGGUUAGAGGUCUGGGGUGGCAUUAGAGCCCCCCUGUUUUAGUCUUUUUAAGUCAACCAUCCUGUACUGAAGGCAGAGCCCCUUGGUUACCUUGAUCAUCUUGGCUCAAGGGAAGGUGGUGGGAAGGAGUGGGGAGCUGCCAGGCUGAGAACCAGGAGCCUGGGCGGCUGCUUCCCUGCUGGGCCCGGGAGCCCUUUCGCAUGCCAGGGAGGCCGUGGGAGCCCGCAGGCUGGCUCCUCUUUAUAGAAGCACAUUUCCACCACCUCCCCAGGAGGCCCGGGCAGCCUGCCGCUCCUCUUCACUGAGGCCCUGCUGGGUAGGGCGUAGUCCAGGUUAGCUGGGUAGACUUAGCGUUCACACCCUGGGGCCUGUUUUUAGCUCAGAGGUAGUCUUUGCAGAGUCCCAGGCCUGGGGUGGAGAGGAGACCCAAGGACAUUCCGGGAGAGGCAUCGCCUCGCUGGCGCAGCCCGGUUGCCCAGAGGCCAGCUCCUCCUCCUCCUCCCCUUCCUUCCUCUUCCUGUAGGGUUGUAGCUGAGCUGCCCACUAUACUCAACGUUCCGAUUUAUUAUCCUUGGUACUGAUUUUCUUUAUAAGGCACUCCUGAGGGUGACCGAGCCUUGCAGAGAGGGCCUGGCUCCAUUAGAGGGUGUCAUUUUUCACUGAGGACACCCAAGCCGUCUGGUUCCAGCAGGGAUUGCUUGCACUUGGAACUCUGUCCCUCAGCCUGGUGAGGCCCGGGGUGUCCUGUAAACUUCUGGUUGCGUUCCAUCGCCUCCAUGGAACUUCUUAGCUGCGCUGCAAGGAGAACAGGGGCCCCUCCUGUUGAGGAGGCCUUCGGAGGGUCUCGGGAUCUGCAGGGCCGACUCCCGAGGCUGGGGCUGGCGGGAGCAGCUGGGAUGGGCCCCCAUCUAAGGCCCACCAUCAGCCCUCCCCCAUUUUUUUUUAAACAGUGUGAUUUCUCUGCUGUUCAUUUAUUAUUCACCAUUUGGAAUAUUUUGAGCCAGGAGAGGAGAGAGGCUUCUCUCUCCAGCCAUCAUUGCUGUGGUUGUUCAGGGGCCACGCUUCAAAGAUGGGACCGAGCCUGGCAGUCCCAAGCAGAGGGGGAGGGGGCUCAUGUUGACUUGUUCCCCCGCCCCCAGCCCUCCCUUGGGUGUCUGCGGAGCCUUGGGGGGGGGGGGAGAGAGAGAAGAGCGCGCUCCAAAAGCAAUAAUACCCCCUGGGGUGGUCAGCGAGGCCCCCCAAUGAUUUUCUUGUUCGUUCUGUGAAAUCUCACUCACCUCCUGGAGGGUGGGGUGGGGGCUAGGGCCCUGUUUCUUUGUAUCAUCAUUGUGAGCACGUGCCCCACUAGGAGGGGCUGUGACCAUCGGGUGUGGGAACCACCCUCCUCACCAAAGGAGGGGGUUUGGGGAGGAGAAGUGACUAUUUUCAUCAUUAGCUUUGGGUAACCUUCAAGCCCAGCUGGUCCGCUGCUGUCCGAUCCUUUGUCAACUCAGACUCCACCCACCAUUUGAAUAGGAGCAGAGAAGGUGGAGUCGAGAGCCUUUCUGGGGCUGGGGUCUCUAGGGGACAAUUCUUUUCUCCAUCUCUGGGCAGAGGUCACAGGCAGGGCUGCCAUGGAGGAUGUCAUCGCCACCGUCCUUCUCCAGAAUGCCUUUUCAUACUAAGGGAAGGGCUUUUGGGACCUUUAGUCCAUUUCCAUUUUUUAGAUGAGGAGACCUAGCCUGGCACGGGAGGAGCCACCCUGGGGUCACCUGGCACUCAGUGGCACCCGGAGACUUGGCUUCCUCCUCCCAACUGCCUGAGCUGGAGCCAGGCCAGGAUGAAGGGGCUCCCACAUGCCACACUCCCUUUCCUUCUCCUCAGAGCCUAAUGGUCCCCCAAAUGGGGGCAGGACAAAUUGUGAUCCACACAAGAGGUUAGGCAGCUGAAGCCCAGAGGCAGGAACGACGUGCCCAAGGCCCCUCAGCAAGUCAGCCGCUAGGGCGGGACCAGGCCUCCUUCGUGCUUCCGUCCUGCACUGGGGGAGUGUUGGUGCAGGGCCUGCUGGGCCCGCGGUUCCAGCCUUGGCCUGGCUCACAUCCCUGCUUUCUCUGUCUACUGGGCCAGCAUCUUUUCUGGGUGUGGGUUUGGGGGAGAGGGUUGCCAAGAGACAGGCCUCCUGGGGGCUGCCAGCUGACUCAGGGCCUGGGGAUUUGAUCAGGCUUGGCUGUGUGGGCGGGGCCCUGUCCGGGGCCGUAACCUCUGUAGGACUGGCUGGAGGGAGAGUUAGAAACACCAGCUUCUGCCGGGGCACAGGUGUCGGGCAGAGGCAACCGCCACUGGGGGACUUGCCCAUUCUUCAGCUUCUUCAAGUGCUCCACACUUGCAGGUUCACAGGACCCUUGACCUCCCAGAAGAGCCCUGGAUAGUUGGUGGAGGGCGACCUGUGUUGUGGGCCCCAUUUUCAAGAGGGUAAGGCAGAGGUCUUGGGGGAGGAAAUCGCUUGCUGAAGGUCCCGCUGUGAGGGAGUGGCUGAGGCCUGACCAGCGCCCAAUCCUCCCGCACUUCCAGACUCUUCUACCCCAGGAGGUCAGGCGCAUAGUUCAGGGGUGGCUAUGCACUUCACCUGAUUCACCGCCAGGCCCUUAACCAGGAGCUCCGGUGUGCGUCAGAGCUGAGAACCCCCCGAGCCCCACUCCCCGGCACAGCUGUUGCAUCAGGCAAGGUCACCUGCGUUUAUUUAUUGAGCAGCAGCGCUGUGCUGGACCAAGGCAACGGAGCCUCCUCCUCCCCCUGUACCAGCUCCCUCUGCCCUCCGGGGGGGCCCAUGUCUGUCGAGCAGCAUCUCAGAGGACGAAAAGUGGUUGCACCCAGGAGCUCAGCAGAGGAUCCCCAGAGCUGGGCCGAUUGAUGCCCAUUUCACCCAGAGCGUCUGUGAGGGCCGAGUGGAGCCUGGAACUGGGGCACGGGCAUCACCUCUGAGCCCUUUCACGCUACAACUGCCUCCUACAGGGGGUGGUGGGACAACAGGACCCUGGGUCCUCAGGCUGGGGCCUCUCCCACCCGCCUUUCCCUUAUGCCCUCUCCAGGAGCAGGAGCCACCCAGACCUUUGGGGAGGGAGGGUUUCUGGGGCCCCUGGGUUGGAGUGGGUCACAUUGCAUUGUGUUCAUGACCAUGUAGCUCAUGUUAACAUUAAAGUUUUUGGCUUUUCUAACUGGG